AUGAAAUGGGGCGAAAUGAUCAAUCCAGACGACUACAAAACGCACGAGCUAAUUCCUGAAAGUGAUCCUUCAAAUGACGAUUUAGCUGGAAAAGAACAGUCUGUUACUUUUGGCCGUCACAAUCCUAAGAAAAAAGCUGAGGAAGAGGAAAAAAUGCCGACAAAGUGUAUCAAAUCACGAGAACAGCAUCACGAAUUUAUCGACGCGACAAAGGAAAGCUUCAUCUACCAGCUGAAAUCGAAGGAUUCUCUUUUGAGCAACUUGAAUUUUGUUCGUGUUGGAAGCAAAGAUAUCGAAGUCGCGAGAAUUAGAGGAAGAGUGCCCGGUCGACUCGAGCUGCAGGAAGAGUCCGAUGAGCCGAGAAAGCUGGAAAUUGAUGAUAUUCCAACUUUACAGCCCGUUUCAAAUACCUACUCGAGUGGGCACGAUACUUUCUUCAUAAAAGAUACAAAGCUUACAGAUCUCAAGUCAAAGCUAAUCCCCACCGACGCUACUACCAAUCCUUCACUUGUUCUCGCUGCAAUGAAACUUGAAGAUAAUUUCUAUGAUAAGCACAUCGAAGCCGCUGCCGAAUACGCUAAGAAAGCCGAAGGAGACGACAAACUCGCCAUUCCCGCUCUCGAUCAGUGCUUGGCCACGUGGACGGUUACUAUCCGGUCUUUCGAGUACGAGCUAGAGAAGGAAUUGGAUCGCUAUGGAAAGAUUAUUGAUCUCAUUCUCAUCCGUCGCUGCCCAACCGUUUGCUUUAUCGUCUACAAACACAGCAAUGACGCAAGAAACGCUGCCAGAAAAUUGCAUAACCUUUCGAUUUGGUCAACCCGUUUGCGCGCUGAACUGGCGAAACCGAGCGGCAAGUCGAGAGGACGUUCUCGCUCGCCACGGCGGAGACGAUCUCGCUCUCCUCGGCGGCGGUCUUUUUCGGGGAUCGAAGACGUCGACGCUCAAGAUCACACUCUCGAAGACGGUCUGACUCACGGCGCCGCUCAAGAUCGACAUAGUGUACUAUCGAUCACGAUUUCUUCUGGACCGAUCCUAUGCCUUGAAGAAACGCUAAGCAAACUUCACAAAUCGCUCUUCGACUUCUCCGAAUCACUUCCUCAGCAAAUGAAAUACGCCCAGCAUUCCGCCGCGAUAAAGCCCGCUUUUACCAGACUUAUCUAUCGAGUCUUUUGA